UCGCCCGGGACACAUGAUAUGGUGAUAAUGAUGUCACAUGGAAGAAUAUACUUUCCUUUACUGGCAAUAAGCUUGUGCUACUAUUUAUCAGAAUCUAAUGAACAUGACGAUAUCCCGCCCUAUAUUGCCGAGAAAGUAAGACAAUCAUUUCGUGACGGCGGUGUUCCUGACGUAAAGAAAAAGAUAUUUGAUAAUAUCGAUAACUGGAAAGAUAUAGAAAUAAAUAUUGGUGUAACUGGAAAUUCUGGCAAAUCAUCUUUUAUAAACGCUUUACGGGGACUUUCAAGUGACGACGAAGGAGCAGCAGAGGUUGGUGUAAUCGAAACAACGAAGACCGCUACACCUUAUCCACAUCCACAAAAUGAAAAACUAAUUCUCUGGGAUCUACCUGGUCUCGGUACACCAAUUUUCCCUCGAGGCACAUACCUUUCAGAUGUUGGUGCUGAUAGGGUUGACUAUUUUAUCAUAAUAUCUGCGGAUAGGUUUACGGAAAAUGAUUUGUGGUUGGCGGACAAUAUGAAGCAAAAGAAGAAAAUGUUUUGUUUUUUUUUGUUCGUAGUAAAAUCGAUAUAGCUAUAAUUAUGAACAACAAACGAAGUCAUAAAACACACAGUGAAACGGACGUGCUUCACAGAAUACGAGCGGACUGCAAGAAAAAAUUGGAGGACGUAAUGGGAAGUGAUAAACUAGUACCACUCUUUCUUGUUGACAACUAUGACACCAACAAAUAUGAUUUUAGUUUAUUGUCUGUCCGCCUUAUUAAUGAUGUUCCUGAAAUGAAAAGAGAAGCUCUGACCCUUUCUCUUACUCAACUUUCAGAGGAUUUGAUUUUCAAUGAAAAGUUUUGUCUGAAAGAAUCGUGUCAAUAUCACUACUUUCUGGAGUUGCUGGGAUGGUUCCCUUACCCGGUCUCGAUAUUGUUGUGGAUAUUGCUGCACUUCUUGAAGAAGCAAAAUUUUACAGAAAGCAAUUUGGUCUUGACGAAGAGUCGUUGCUGAGAUAUGCCAAAAUAUUUGGAAUGUCAGUCGAUAAAAUGACGCGCACAUUAGCUUCAGACACCAGUAAUUCAGUUUGCUACGAAAGGACUACUUGCAUACUUCGCAAGAAUAAGUAUUGCUUAGACAGCAGCAGCUCAAACAGCUUCAAUAUUGAAAUACAUCUUACCAGGAAUUGGACACUUUGCAAGUGCUGCCACUUCCUAUACCUCUGCUAAGUACUGCUUGGAACAUUCACUUAAUUUGAUGGUUGAAGACGCUUUAAAGAUCAACAAACUGGAAGUGGCUUAGUAGAUAAAAGACUCUGAUAAAUUGAUAUACUGACUGACCUGUGUUUUACGGCCUACCAGCACUGUGCAAGUAAAAUGGUGACUAAAAAUUGCGCUUACAUCGAAAUAAAGAAUACAUAAGGUAUUGAAUCAAAACUUGAUAUAUGUUGGAAUCACAAACAUACAUCAAAACCAAGUGAUAAGACCCUAUCAGUUUCAAUGGCCGAUGACACUGUUUCUAAUUAUUUUCAAAAAACACACGGGACUAAAGACUCAGCAGUAGAAGUUUUUGUUUUAAUAUAUGAUUAAGAAAUAUACG